UGUCGCUCACUGGAUUUGAUUUCAUCUAUGGUUCAGAAAACAUGAGUUUACAAAUAAAUAAAUUUUAUAAAUUCUCUUCUUAGUGGACAAGACUGCAAGUGAUGCUGAAGGAUUGAGUGUUUUCUGAUCAGUUUUCAGGGUCAGUUUAGCUGCAGUAUGUCAGAGGAAAGAGGAAAGGACUCUCUCUCUCAGAUGAGUCUCUCAGAGAAACACAGUGUAAGAUCAGGCUCACAUGUGUCCAGCUCUGUGUCUCUGAAGAGUGAUCAGUCUAAAGAAGGAGAAGGACCAUACUUCAGUGAGAAAACACCAUCAUCUAAUGAAAGUGUAAGAUCAGGCUCACAUGUGUCCAGCUCUGUGUCUCUGAAGAGUGAUUGGUCUAAAGAUGGAGAAUUACCAAACUUCAGUGAGAAAACACCAUCAUCUAAUAAAAGGCUUCAAUAUGAGACAUUAGACUCAGACCUUCAGACUCACAGGAACCACGAGAAUUUCAAAGACAAUCUUCUUGGGAUCUUCCAGGAUCUUGAGAGCAAAAUAAUCACGUUUCUGAAGAAUGAACUGGAGAAGUUAAAGAAAAUAUUACAACAUGAGAACACACAACACUUUGUGAAGGACUUUAAUGAGAACAGAUCCAGUAUCAAAUCAGCAGCUCUUGAUCUCACACUACAUUACCUGAGAGAGAUGAAGCAAGAUGAAGCUGCUGAUGCUCUAGAAGGUGAGCUGUUCUUCAUUCAUCAGCUGAAAUGUGGCCUAAAGAAGAAGUAUCAAUGUGUGUUUGAAGGAAUGGCGAAGCAAGGUGACUCCACACUCCUGUAUAACAUCUACACAGAUCUCUACAUCACUCAGGGUGGCAGUGAACAGGUCAAUACUGAACAUGAGGUCAGACAGAUUGAAGUUGCUUCCAGACGUCAUGAAGCACAAGAGAUACAGGUUGAAUGCACACAUUUGUUUGAAGCGCCUGAACAAGACGAGGAGAUCCGAACUGUACUGACAAAAGGAGUCGCUGGCAUCGGGAAAUCAGUCUCUGUGCAAAAGUUUGUUCUGGACUGGGCUGAAGGAAAAGAAAAUCAAGAUAUCAGCUUCAUAUUUCCUCUUCCAUUCAGAGAGAUCAACUUAAAGGAGAAAGAAAAACUAAGUUUGAUGGACCUUAUAACUCAGUUUUUCCCAGAGACAAAAGGACUGAACCUUACAAGAAGGAAUCAGUUCAAAGUGCUGUUCAUCCUUGAUGGACUGGACGAAUGUCGCCUUCCUCUGAAGUUUGAUUGUAAUGAGACGUGGUGUGAUGUAUCGUCACCAGCCUCUCUGGAUGUUCUCCUAACGAACCUCAUGAAGGGAAAUCUGCUUCCUUCUGCUCUCGUCUGGAUCACCAGCAGACCAGCAGCUGCCAGUAAGAUUCCUCCUGACUGUAUCGACCGGCUGACAGAGAUACGAGGAUUCAGCGACGCACAAAAGCAAGAGUACUUCAAAAAAAGAUUCAAGGAUGAUAUUCAAGCCAACACAAUCAUAGAUCAUGUUAAACAAUCAAAGAGUCUCUUUAUCAUGUGCCACAUCCCAGUCUUCUGCUGGAUUUCAGCCACUGUUCUCGAGAACAUUCUGGAGGAGAAGAGAAAUAAUGAUGUGAGAAACACUCAGGCUGAUGAGAUCUCUAAAACACUGCAGGAAUCAAACACUGAAGACACUCCCAAGACUCUGACACAAAUGUACACACACUUUCUCCGCUUUCAGAUCCAGCAGAGCCGCCGGAAAUAUGAUGGAGAAUACACACCAGAUGUUUCCUGGGAUAAAGACACCAUCCUUUCACUGGGGAAACUGGCAUUUCACCAUCUGAAAAGAAACAACCUGAUCUUCUAUGCCACAGACCUGGAAGCCUGUGGUCUUGACGUCUAUAAGGCAUCAGUGUACUCAGGCAUGUGUACCCAGAUCUUUAAGGAGGAAACAGGGAUCGUUCUUGGUACCAUGUACUGCUUUGUUCACUUGAGCAUUCAAGAGUUUAUUGCAGCCCUUUAUGCACAUCUGUUUCUAGACAUCAACAAGACAAGUGUGUUUGAUCAUGAGUCUACAGAACAGAAAAACAGAAAUGAAACCAUGAUUGAUUUUCUCAAGACUGCAGUGGACAAGGCGCUGGAGAGUGACAAUGGACACCUGGACCUUUUCCUUCGCUUCGUCCUCGGUCUGUCACUCCAGUCCAAUCGACGACUCUUACGUGGUCUGUUGACACAGCGAGACGGCACUGACCAGAGCAACGAGGGGAUAGUUCGACUCUUACGAGGUCGGUUGACAAAGAGAGACGACACUGACCGGAGGAACAAGGAGAUAGUUCAGUACAUCAAGCAGAAAUUAGAAGCUAAUCUUCCUGCAGAGAGAUCCAUCAAUCUGUUCUACUGUCUGAAUGAACUGAACGACCAAACUCUGGUGAACGAGAUUCAGACCCACCUUAGCAAAGGAAGUCUCUCAUCUGGUGACCUUUCACCUGCCCAGUGGUCUGCUUUAGUCUUUGUGUUGUUGACAUCAGAGGAAGAGCUGGAGGAGUUUGAGCUUCAGAAAUUCAAGAAAUCAGACGAGUGUCUCAUUAAAUUAUCGGCAGUCAUUAAAGCCUCCAGAAGAGCUCUGUGAGUCUUUUAUAUAUUU